GCAAUUAUCACACGCGAUUGUUGAUGGGGGAGAUUGGAAGCAGUUCGCCGGGAUAGUAUCGAGUUAAGACUUUCUACACAUACUAAGACAAGGCUGGACAGCGACAACCGCCGCCGAAGGCCGCCUCGACAGCCGCGCUAAUGGCCACUUACUACAAUGGGGCUGAGCAGCCCCAGUUCAACAGCUUAGACGGCACCGUGCAAGGGGCACAAUAUGCUGCUAAGCCUACAAACCGCUCAAGCUCUUCAGUCCUCCAAGCGCUUAGCAAGGCGUGCGCAAUUUUCUACUUCCUGUUGCUCACCGCUGUCGCGGUGAUUGCUUUCAUCCUUGGAGGCUAUGCUACGGCCCGUGUUCGCUCCAUUCACAUCUCAGACGCCGUUCUGGUUUCCGACCCCAAAACCGCGCCUGCUGGAUACUCAGUGUUCUCCCUGGGCACCGGUCUCGGCUACUGGAGCCCGGCCGCAGACAUGAUUCAUGCGCGUAGCGAUCAUGGGGUCAUCUCGUACCAGAAGUACGCGUACCUGAUCGGGGGAUUGACCGCGUUUAACGGAUCCAACGCCACGGUGCUUCGCUCUGUCGUCCAGUACGACACAGAAACGGGGUUAAUGUACGAGAUGAAGCCGCUGCCGGAGGCCAGGUACCGCUUCGCCUACGCGCAGCUCAACGGCCAAAUCUACGUCAUGGGCGGUAGCAGCGACGUGGAGAAGGGCACACCAACUAACACGGUGUUUGUGUACAACAUUUCCGGCAACAGCUGGAGCCCCAUUGGUCAGCUGCAGACACCCCGAGUAGACCCGUGUGGGGCCGCCGCUAACGGAAAGGUGUAUGUGUUUGGCGGCUAUGAUCUCGACGGCAAUAGCCUCUCCACUGUGGAGGUCUGCGACCCAAGCACUGCCGCGGGCUCCGCGCCGGCCGUGUGCACGCAGCUCCCCGCCAGAAGCAACCUGCUGGACGCGCGUGGCGACUGUCGAGCCGUGUCCAUUGACAACAUCAUCUAUGCGAUGGGCGGUGCGCAGUGGUUUAACAACACAAAGCAGAACUGCACUGCGAACUGGGUCUACUGCUACAAGUUCCUCAACACUGUGGAGGCCUUCAACCCUGCUACCGGUCAAUGGAGCCCGCGUGCGCCCAUGAUUUCGAAACGCGGUGACUUUGGAAUCGAGGCGCUGCCGGGCGGCCGCAUUAUUGUGGCGGGUGGAGAGCGGGGCAACGGUACCCAGAAUUUCAUGGCGAUGUACGACGUGGAAGAGUACAUUGUGCAGGAUGACAUUUGGGUGCAGAAGGCGCCGCUGCCGGAGGCCCGCUUUCGGGAUGAUUUGGCGUAUGUGUCCGGUCGGGUGUACGCCUUUGGCGGCACCCCCACAUGUGACCUGAUUGAGGGCGCUCCAUGCAGCAAGCUGGCACUCAAGACUGUGUUUGCCUACUUUGACGUGGUGUACCCGCGACUGUACGCCUUCUUCAAGCCCGCCAACACGAACGCCAAUUCUUAG